AUGGCAGUCGAUUCGAAGAUCGAGAUUACAGCAUCCAGCGAGCUCUCCAGCAGAUACACGCUCAAGGAGUUUCUAGGCGAGGGUCAGUACGGCACCGUGUGGCGCUGCGAGGAGUGCGCGACGGGCGAGCAUUUCGCUCUCAAAUACAUUGAUCUCACCAAGUGCAGCAGCAGGGCCCGCCUCGCAGCUCUCAGCGAAGUCGAAAUCCUCCAGAAAAUACGCGAUUCUGGGUUCUCCGAUAGUGUUGUAUCGCUCAAGGACGUGUACGGGGACAAGGAUUCUCUUUAUCUUGUAAUGGAGCUAUGCACUGGAGGGGAUCUUCUCGAGCUCAUCCAGAAGCAGCCCGGCGCGUUUAUCAGCGAAGCGGAAUCGUGCCACGUGUUCACGUCCGUGGCGCGCGCCGUGAAGCAGUGCCACGCCAGCAGCAUCGUCCAUCGCGACAUCAAACCCGAAAACAUUCUCAUCUGCCCGACUUCGAACAGCGUCCCCGCCGCCGCCGCUUCCGCCGCUGAUAACGGCGCGUCGUUCGCGUACACCGCGAAGCUCGCGGAUUUCGGGCUCGCCGUGGACGUGCCGUGGUGGCAGCAGAUUCGCGGGUACGCCGGCAGCAAGCCGUAUGAGGCUCCGGAGGUUAUGGCAGGGGUCGCGUACGACGCGUCGGCGGAUAUCUGGAGCCUCGGCGUGACUCUCUACGCGAUGCUUUCGGGAAAGUGGCCGCUUUUCAGCGGCGGGAAGCGGGUCCUGGACGAGAAGGUGGAUUUCGCAUCGGACGACUGGAAGCAUGUGUCGGGUGAUGCGAAGGAUCUCAUCCGUCGGAUGCUGUGCGUGGACGUGAACGAACGGUUCACGAUUGACGAGGUGCUGGCGCAUCCGUGGGUUCGCCCAGCAGUAGUGGCAGUAGGUCAGGAAGGGAUGGAGACCGUCGAUCUUUCCGACGGACGAACGGAUGCCGUUGAUACGCAAUCCGACGCUUACAUCACCUCGGGAACGGUCAGAGACUUGGCGGGAAGCAUGUCUUCGGCGAGUGCAACCAACAGCACUAACAGUGAUUGCGGGAAUAACGUGGAGAAGCCGCGCCGGGCCGGAAAGCUGUCUCCGCGCACCGUUCUGAACCACGUCAUGAAGGCUUUCUCCCCGAUCACACGGCACAGAGAGGCGUCGUGCAUCCCCAUCGAAGUUCUCUAG